AUGCCUCCGCCAUCGAAACGCCCUCGACUUCCAUUCAAGCCUCCACGGCCGGCUUCUAAUACAGCGAAGAGUGCAUCGCCGGCAGCAUCAACGAGCGGCGCAAACUCAGGCAGGACACACAAGCCCAAGCCGAGUCGUCAACGUUCAAAACCGCAGGCUACACUUGUAUCUGGUACACCACCUCCAAAGCCCAUGGCUGCGUCACUCUCGGAAACAGCUGAAGCCUCUCCUUCGCCUGAAAAUCGUCGUGCAUCGUGCGAGCACUCAGUGGAAUCCUUAUCUUCCGACCCGGACUAUAUUCUCGCGGAAAUUAUACCGCCCAAAGAAGAUAAAAGAACGCCGCUGGAAACUGCUGAGCCAGAUUUUCCGCCCAAAUUACUUGCAGCUAUAAUCCAUCGACAUAUGAAACAGAAGGGAGAGAAGAUGCGAAUAACAAAAGAUGCGAACAGAUUGUACGCGAAAUACAUUGAUAUAUUCAUAAAAGAAGCUGUGGCCAGGGCGAUACAUGAGCGGCAAGAGACGCUUAAGACAGAUGGUGUGGAAAGGGAUAGAAUUCGGAGCAUGAUUGACAGUUACCUUGAGGUUGAGGAUUUAGAGAAGCUAGCUCCGCAGCUGCUCCUAGAUUUUUAG